AUGGAUUCCGAAAGCUCCAUUAAAUGGAGAAAAGAGAAGAAUGAUAUUAAAGAUGACAACAUGAUUGUAUGUCUCCGCAAGCACAGGCGAAGCAAAGAAGCAAUUUUUAAUGAAGAAAGGGAAGGUUUUGAUCUGAAUCAGGACGUGCUGGGAGCGUUUUUGAGGAGCUUGGGUUGCUCGCACGCUCUCAGCUUCCAUGUCUUCGCAGGGGCUUCCAGCUUUCGAGUUUACUCUAAACAAGCUCUGGUUUCAUUUCGACCUGCUAAUGCCGCCAUGGUGGUCACCAUAGGAGACCAGAUGCAGGUCAACUGAACUUGAUAGAACUCAUGCAAGUCUUGUUUAGUCGACUACAUCAGACGAUGUUGUCAGUCUGGUGGAUCUGGGGCUGUCGAUCGGCUCGAUAGUUGUG